AUUGCCACUGUAACCUGUCAAAGAAGAGCUAAGGGAGCUUUCGGGGUUGGCUUCUUGGAGGCUGCUUUCUCCUUUACUUGGAAGGCUUCGCUAGUGAUGGACCCAUACGUGAUUCAGAUGAGCAGCAAAGGCAACCUCCCCUCAAUUCUGGACGUGCAUGUCAACAUUGGUGGGAGAAGCUCUGUGCCGGGAAAAAUGAAAGGCAGGAAGGCCAGGUGGUCUGUGAGGCCCUCAGACAUGGCCAACAAAACUUUCAACCCCAUCCGAGCCAUUGUGGACAACAUGAAGGUGAAACCAAAUCCAAACAAAACCAUGAUUUCCCUGUCCAUUGGGGACCCUACUGUGUUUGGAAACCUGCCUACAGAUCCUGAAGUUACCCAGGCAAUGAAAGAUGCCCUGGACUCGGGCAAAUAUAAUGGCUAUGCCCCAUCCAUUGGCUUCCUAUCCAGUCGGGAGGAGAUUGCUUCUUAUUACCACUGUCCCGAGGCACCCCUAGAAGCUACGGACGUCAUUCUGACAAGUGGCUGCAGUCAAGCUAUUGAACUUUGUUUAGCUGUGUUGGCCAACCCAGGGCAAAACAUCCUGGUUCCAAGACCUGGUUUCUCUCUCUACAAGACUCUGGCUGAAUCUAUGGGAAUUGAGGUCAAACUCUACAAUUUGUUGCCAGAGAAAUCUUGGGAAAUUGACCUGAAACAACUGGAAUCUCUGAUUGAUGAAAAGACAGCUUGUCUCAUUGUCAAUAAUCCAUCAAACCCCUGUGGGUCAGUGUUCAGCAAACGUCAUCUUCAGAAGAUUCUGGCAGUGGCUGCACGGCAGUGUGUCCCCAUCUUAGCUGAUGAGAUCUAUGGAGACAUGGUGUUUUCGGAUUGCAAAUAUGAACCACUGGCCACCCUCAGCACUGAUGUCCCCAUCCUGUCCUGUGGAGGGCUGGCCAAGCGCUGGCUGGUUCCUGGCUGGAGGUUGGGCUGGAUCCUCAUUCAUGACCGAAGAGACAUUUUUGGCAAUGAGAUCCGAGAUGGGCUGGUGAAGCUGAGUCAGCGCAUCUUGGGACCCUGUACCAUUGUCCAGGGAGCUCUGAAAAGCAUCCUACGUCGCACCCCGGGAGAGUUUUACCACAACACUCUGAGCUUCCUCAAGUCCAAUGCUGAUCUCUGUUAUGGGGCGUUGGCUGCCAUUCCUGGACUCCAGCCAGUCCGCCCUUCUGGGGCCAUGUACCUCAUGGUUGGAAUUGAGAUGGAACAUUUCCCAGAAUUUGAGAACGAUGUGGAGUUCACGGAGCGGUUAGUUGCUGAGCAAUCUGUCCACUGCCUCCCAGCAACGUGCUUUGAGUACCCGAAUUUCAUCCGAGUGGUCAUCACAGUCCCCGAGGUGAUGAUGCUGGAGGCGUGCAGCCGGAUCCAGGAGUUCUGUGAGCAGCACUACCAUUGUGCUGAAGGCAGCCAGGAGGAGUGUGAUAAAUAGGCCUGCAUCCAUUCUCCUGAGGAUGUGUCCCAUCUGGGGAGGGCUGGACUAGGCCUUGUGGCUCCUCAGGGACUCAGGUGGCCCUACUGGGAGAGGGGCCUCAAAUGCACCAUGUCAAGAGUUCAAGAUUGUUCCUGCUUUUCCCCAAGUACAACCACAUCCACACUCAGAUCCUCCUCAUUCACAUCCCAGAUUCUCCCUUGCUCUGCGCUGCUAAAGUGACUCACAAAUUCAUUAAUCUGCCUCCCUCUUGUAAGAUUUCCUCCUUUUUUUCUUGAAAGUACCAGGUGAACAAAGUUUACCAGAAAGCAGUUGAGACAAGAAAAUAAGAGCUCAGGAUGAGGGAAAAGAAAAAGAUUGAGAGAAUUUGUGCCCCCAACCAUUUCCUCAGACUCUAAGAAAAAACACACUCUCUCCAGGCAGGUCUGAAGCUCAACUCUCUUAUUGCCUCACUUCAGGUAUACCUCACUUUAUGCAAUAGAAUUAUAACUGGAAAGAAGUUGGGGACACAUGUAUUUGGUAAUUACAUUUUAAACACAUUAGGAAAAGUUGCUAUUUGAACUUUUUAUUGAUUUUUAGGGGGAGUAAAGAAUUAUUUCGUGAUGCAAAUAAAUAUCCUUUAAUUGAUCGACUUCCUAAAUUUAGAUUUGUGUGCAUCAGGCUUCCUUUUUUUUCUUUUUCCUUUUUUUUUUUUUUAAGAGAAGUUCAAUAUAAGCUUUUCUUUUCUUUGUUUGUUUCUUUCUUUAUUUAUUUUGAGAUGGAGUCUUGCUCUGUCACCCAGGCUGGAGUGCAGUGGCACGACCUCGGCUCACUGCAACCUCCGCCUCCCGGGUUCAAGCGAUUCUCCUGCCUCAACCUCCUGAGUAGUUGGGACUACAGGCGUGUGCCACCAUGCCCGGCUAAUUUUUGUAUUUUAGUAGAGACAGGGUUUCACCAUGUUAGCCAGGCUGGUCUCAAACUCCUGACCUCAGGCAAUCUGCCCACCUGGGUCUCCCAAAGUGCUGGGAUUACAGGCGCGAGCCACCAAGCCCAGCGGCAUCAGGCUUUCUUAAAGUGAGAGCACAUCUGUACUAGAGCAAGCAGGAAUCAGAGACCUUCCAGAAAUAUCUGGCCCUGUGUAAGGGCCAGAAAUAUGUUCACUUGCCAUUGUUAUAUAAUCAUUAUUACUUUUGCUGUAAUGUUAAUAUUGAUUUAUUAAUAUAUAUUAUAUUAUCUUUUCAUACAUUUUCUAAGAAACAUUUAUAUUGACAAGAUCUUUUAUUUUGCCAAUGGCAUAAAUUAUUGUUUUUCUUUUUUUUUUUUUUAAUAAAUUUUACCAAGUAUGGCUCUUCUGUGAUGUGUUUUUUUCUCCGUUUGGGAAUUUCUAAUCCCAGGCACUGCUCAGUCUCAUUAUUUCAUUACCUAUGAGGUUCCAUUUACUUCUUUGUAAAUGUACUGACUUUUGGAGUUACUUAAGAACCACAAUUCCUAAAACAUUUUAUUUGGGAGCUCAACUCCUGGCUUCCUACUUACAAACAAGGCAAACCAAGAGGCAGUAAGUUAUAACCUCUGGCCUUUGUCUUUACAUUUUCAACUUUUCGGAUCCCUAACCUCUGGUCCCAAGUUACUACCCUUGCCUAGAUCCACUAACCACUCACUAGGUCACAAAGUUGAUGGCUCUGGCUUGACCCAGCGAAUGAGAAGUGUCCUAGAGGUUUUUUUUUUUUUUUUUUUUGGCAAAUCUUCGUAGGCACAGUUGCCUGUUUAAUUUUUUCUUCAGCCCUUCCCUUAGAGGAGGGAGCCUUAAGUUAUCUUUCAAGGUUGGGGGUUAGGAAUCUAUCAUAGCCAGAAUAGAGAUUUCUCACCAAGGGAAAUUUUCCUUAUCUAAAAGAGGAACUUCAGGUCUCAACCCUGCCAGUCACACCCAGUUAAUGUCCUUCACAAAAAUAAACAGCAUAUGUUCCCUUUCAAUUUAAGUUUGAGUUCAGUGAGCUCACAGCAAAAUUUACCUUUUAAUUUUCUUCAGCAAAUCCAAGAUGAAUAUACAAAGGAUGAGAUUAGAUAAAGAUUUCAGUUUCCCGUAUGCCACCGCCGCCGCCAAUUUUCCAAAAAAGCCUGGCUCCUCUUUUCCUGUUCCUCCAUCCAAGCCCCCAAAGAUCUCUAACCAGAAAUAAACAGGAAGACUCCGUGAUGUACAAAA